AAGCACUCCAGAGGGAACGCCGAGUGCAGCUAGUAUUUCACAACAGGCAGCGCAGCCUUCUAGUCCAAAAGGGAAGCCAGACGGAGCCGCAGGACCUGGAGACGAAGGCCACGAGACUCAUCAGGCUACACCGACAGGCGGAAGCGGCACCAGGCACCGCGGUGACGUGCCUCCGGAAGUCAUGGAGGUACCCCCAGGGGCCACACAGUCUUCCGGGACAAGUAGCCAGCACCAAGUAGCUGCAUCGUCAGAGCCGGCGUGGAGCUAUGAGGCUCUGCAGGCUGCUGCGUUUGAGACUCCCGGCCACGAGCUGCUUGCUGGAGCUGGGAACGACGUGGGCCUCAACUUUGACGCGGCAGGAGCGAUGACCACUGACAUCACCGCAAAGGGGGGGGGCGGCACUAUGUCGAGUAUGGCCUCGGCUGUUCAGAGUGCACCCGGUGGUGACAACGCUAGGGACGCAAUUGGCGGCGGAGUCGUUACGCCUCGAGAUGCUUCUAGUUUUCUAAUUGGUAUAACCUCCUUCGAGCUUCUAACAGUGGUGACUCACUUCCUUGUGCUUUACAUGAUAUGACUCAACCCCAAGAUUUGGACUUCAUCACCAACCAGCGAGUCUUUUUUUCUAAAUCUUACGCGAGUGCCAGCGCCACAACUAGUGGUGGAGCAGAAGAGGGAGCAUCUACAACAGCUGCCAGAGAGAAACUGGAAGUGGGCACGAAAUCCACCGAGGGGAAAGCGAACAAUCUGGCGGGCAGUGAGCGCGUGGGAAAGAAGGCGGUGAAGCAGAGCAAGCUCCUCCGACGGGAGGACAGAUAAGUGGUAUAGUUAACCGCUUUUCGAACUUACCAGAACCAACAAGAGCAGCCGCGAACUAGUAUGGUUACACUACACAACUUUUUUACAGUACUUUUGUGUCUCAAAAAUGGGAAAAAUCUUCAGUAGGUGCAAGCUUGAGUGGGUAAAUUAUUGUCACGCAGCGUCUGCAUUAGCCGUCAUUAUCGUUAUGGUAUCAUCGCUGCGCUCACGUCUCAUACUUCUCCCCCUCAUCAGGUGACUGCAGUACAGAGUAUUAGUAUGUGUGUCCUGAGGAGAGGACCAAAAGAUACGCCGUGAGAGGGUUUAGCUACAAAUGGAAGGUGGGCCAACUAUUUGUCACGAAUUUCGAUGUCGAUGUAGCAGAGUGAAAGAAGAUAGCCGAACAUUCAGAAUUAUGCAGGUACUUACUAAGAACUGAACAGCGCCGUCCACUGGACUAGAAAUAAUAUGCAUGCGGGCAGGGCAGGGCGCGGAGGGUUGUGGUUCGCGUUGACUUGCAGUCUGGGUUCUGCUGUAGAGAGAGCAGCUCUUUGUCCUUUGCUGAUUUAUUCUCUUUACCAUGCUAAAAAUGCUAUUGCCACUUUUCAGGUACUAUGGAUUAGGAGUUCGCAUUUGCAACUUUUAGGAGGUUAGCGAACAUUGAUUGGAUCAAAAUGCUGAGAAAGAUGCAGAUUUUGGAAAGCGUUUUUUUUGAUGCUCGAGGAAGCAGAGGCGCUGUGCGUUAGAUGCGCUCACGAAACGAUUAAUUCGGAUAUCCAAAAAAAAAUACGACUACCCCUGUGGGCCUGAGAGGAGGUUCUAUAGCUUAUAAGCUUUUUAGACACAAGCAAACUCAGUGAUGUAGGCCCAAUUCAUCGGACUGAAGUAUACUUCCGGCCUCACCCUACACUCUACGACUAUGACAAAGAAGCUCAGUCUCCUUCUCCUUGUACUAAAACAAGUAGGAAUCCACCACCAGCAUUCGUCUUUUUUCUCAAAAAUGACAACGCGCGAAACUUCAGGUACAAAAGUUAUACGACGCAUCAUGUUUUUGAUAUUUCUACCGAUUGUUUGGAGCUUUGGGAGAUAGUGCUUCAAUCGAAUUUUGAGGAUCGCGAGAUACUUGGACUUGUUGCGAAUACGUAUGCGAAUUAUGUACUUAUUUCUACUCUUCCUGAUGGAUUGAAAUUCUUUUUACAAAGAAAUGGUGGCUCUGCAGCCUUAGAAGUUGGUUUUGGGUGCUGACUCUAUUACAACGAAUUCAUUUUUUCUCACAACGAAUUCAUUUUUUCUCCAUCAUUUUUUGGAUUAUGUUUCAACCUACCACGUCUGUCUCCACCCAGCUUACGCCGAUGUAUAUGGUGACCAUCAACCACUUCAGGCUUGAUGAAUGACGAAAAAGAUCGAGUUAUGUGAUGGUUCAACUUUCGAGCAACAGGAAUAUGCGCUAUCAACAUUUGCAACGUGGCCGGAUGGGGAUUAGUCUUUUUUUAGAAGUGCGUGGUAAGUCUUUUGAGUACUUAUCGCUGGCACAGUGAAUGCAUUCUCAGUAAUUUGCGUACGUGACACCACUAUUGAUGAUGAACUACCUAGACCGGAAUCCGGUCUAGAAUUUACUGAAUCAAUUACGUUUAUGAGGAGUCGGCGCGACUUCUAUCUAUGUACUGAUGUACAGAUGUUUCAUCACCAGAUUUUUAGGAAUGAAGGCUGUAAGAAUGACAAGCCAAUAUCGUACUUGGAGGCUCAGUUGUCUCUGCGGUAACUGUCACAAAAUGCAGCAGCAGAGACGCGCGCGCCGAGAAUAUUCGAAAAUUAAACUGUCGGUAGGACUAGGAAUCCUCCUUAUUAUAGAUAGAGCACAACUGAAUAUACUUACGGGAUCGAGUAAUCGACCAUACUACACGUAUUUAUUUACUUCCAAAUGGUAAACAUCGAAUCUAAUCCGUCUACUCCUUCCUCAGGCUUAUUAUUCAACAAGCAUUUUUACAGAUGUUGAAGAGCUAUUGUACAGAAUGAAUCUCCACUACUGCUUUCGAAGACAUCAAACAAGCCGUGUUAUAUUGACAAGCCACGACUUCAAACUGAUGAGCUGACACAGCCUGAAUCUCUUGUCUGAAGAAACAAAAUUCAAAAUUAAAUAUGGCGAGGAGAAUAUGAAUGUCCA